GAGCUGUGUUCCAGCCCUCAGUUCAUAGCCGGUGGAGCCACUCGCACUGACAUCUGCCAAGGGGCCUUAGGGGACUGUUGGCUCUUGGCUGCUAUUGCAUCUCUCACCCUGAAUGAAGAAAUACUGGCCCGUGUUGUUCCCAAAGACCAGAGCUUCCAGGAUAAAUAUGCAGGCAUUUUCCACUUCCAGUUCUGGCAGUACGGGGAGUGGGUGGACGUCGUGGUGGAUGACAGGCUGCCCACCAAGAAUGGGAAGCUGGUCUUCGUGCACUCUGCGGAGGGCAGCGAGUUCUGGAGCGCGCUGCUGGAGAAGGCCUAUGCCAAGCUGAACGGAUCGUACGAGUCUCUCUCUGGUGGCACCACCACUGAAGGCUUUGAGGACUUCACCGGUGGAAUUGCAGAAUGGUAUGAGCUGCAGAAGGCACCACCCAACCUCUUCAGAAUCAUUCAGAAGGCACUUCAGAAAGGCUCUCUCCUUGGCUGCUCUAUUGAUAUCACCAGUGCAGCGGAGACAGAGGCAGUCACUUCCCAGAAGCUGGUGAAGGGACACGCAUACUCGGUCACCGGGGCAGAGGAGGUUAACUUCCGAGGAACAGUGCAGAAGCUGAUCAGGAUCCGAAAUCCCUGGGGGGAAGUGGAGUGGACUGGGAAAUGGAACGACAACUGCCCAAACUGGAGUGGCGUUGACCCUGAGGUGCGGGAGCGACUGACCAGGAGGCAUGAAGAUGGGGAAUUUUGGAUGGCGUUCAACGACUUCUUGAGACAUUAUUCCCGCCUUGAGAUCUGCAACCUGACUCCAGACACUCUGACAAGUGACAGGUACAAGAAGUGGAGCCUGCUGAAGCUGGAUGGGAACUGGAGGCGAGGAGCCACUGCUGGGGGCUGCAGGAAUUACCCAAAUACUUUCUGGACAAAUCCACAGUAUUUAAUCAAGCUGGAGGAAGAAGAUGAGGAUCCUGAUGAUCCUGAGAGGGGCUGUACUUUCCUCAUUGGCCUGAUUCAGAAACACCGUCGGAAGCAGAGGAAGAUGGGAGAGGACAUGCAUACCAUCGGCUUUGCGAUUUAUGAGGUGCCCCCGGAGUUUUCUGGCCAGACGAAUAUUCAUCUGAGCAAAAACUUUUUCCUGACCAACAAAGCAAGAGAAAAAUCAAACACCUUUAUCAACCUCCGAACAUCUUUCUCCCCCCCACCCCCCAUACAUAGCUAAUUUAUUGUUGUGCCCUCGACCUUCGAACCCAACAAGAAUGGGGAUUUCUGUCUGCGAGUCUUCUCUGAAAAAAAUGCAAACUCCACGUAUGUAGCUUUUUU